AUGGGCAACAUCACACAACCAGUAGAGCCUAAAGUAAAAAGAAUACAUCAGCAAAACAACCAUGAAGUAGAAUCAUGGGAUAACGGAACCCAGGGACAUCUUGUCAUGCCCUCGACGUCAAAGGAUGGCGGCUCCAAGAAAAAGCAGAAACGCCGCGUUCUAGCACGGCAACCACAACCAAGACCACGAACAUCCCGUGGAAAGCGCUCGAUGGUGAAAGAAGCUACUGAAAUUCCUGGAUCACUUCCAGUAAAACAACUCAAUGAAGCGAGAGAAGUGCUUGUAGCGUCAGACUACAAACCAGGGGGAAAUUGGGAACACUGGGAACGAAAAUCAAGGGUUGUAAAUGGGAAAGUCUCGUGGGUUGAAGAAUGGGAAGAAGUCAAGGGAACUCCACGAUCAUGCAAAUUUUUGAGCAAACAGCAUGAAGCCUUGAACUGGCCGACGACAAUCAACAAGAGGGAACAUCAGCAGACACUCCAGAAACGAGUCAGAGGCGACCCAUCGCUACCCGCAGACAAGCAAUGUGGCGAGGCGACAAAGUCCAGCCAACAACAGCCAACUGUUGCUCUUCCAUCGCUUCAGAACGCCAGUACCCCGGAAGUCUCAUUUUUUAAGAUGCCGCCACCAAGUCAAGCAGAAAAAGAAUAUGGGUCACUCACUGUAGUUCGACACAGGCCAGCGGCCGCGGUGGAUGCUACCCCAUACCCAUCUGCAUCGCCACAAAUUACCCGAAAAAGACCCCUUGACUCGGUAACAGUUUCCCCUCUGGUGGAAACUGGUCAAUCUUCGAGCAAAUCACCAAACAUUGUCAGCCCUCCAUCGGGACGCGUGCAGCCGAGGUGCCUGCCUGGCAAUGCUUCUGUUUCGAUCACUGAAGUCGGAGAAGGUGAGGGCCAAAAGGCUCGAGCGCCAGCAGCAAUCAGCAUGGAUCCUCAAAAACACACGGUACCAAUAAUACAGGUUCUUUUGUCAAACAAAACCUCUCCGGCUGAGAGAGCUGAUGUUCUCCGUGUCUAUGAUACAUGGAAAGCUUCACAAAGCGCCAUGGCGGCGAGCAAGAGCGAAGUCCAAAAGGCCGAGGAAGCCUUGGCUCUUGCCCGUAGAGCCUACGACGAGAAAGAAAGGGCUCACAGAGAAGUGUCUCAAGCCAUGGAAGCUUCAAUUCAAAAGAAAGUGCGUCCUGAUCGAAGGACUAAGCGACAAAGGAGAUGGAUGCCACCAACGCCGUAG